UCGAACCUUGAUGUCAUGUGUUCUUCUCCCAACAGUUAAAUGAUUCAUUUGACAGCAAAGAUGCAGUGGACGUUGAUUCUGCUCUUCCUGGUGGCUCAGUGUUGCUUCAUUGACUGUCAGCUCUAUCAGUUUCACUACAUUAAAGAGAAUAAAACCUGGACUGAAGCUCAGCAGUACUGCAGAGAGAAACACACUGACCUGGCCACAGUGACUAACAUGAAGGACAUGAAGAGACUCAACAACAUCUCAGCUGGUAGUAAAGACCAAGCUUGGAUUGGUCUGUAUUAUCAAACACAUGGUACCAGAACAUGGCACUGGUCUCUGCCUGGAGUGGAGUUUGAUGAAAGGGAGGCAAACUGGAACCCAGGAGAACCGACUGACAAACAUGGAAAUGAAAUAUCUGAGAACUGUGGGUUUCUGUUUAAUAAUUUUAAGUGGGCAGAUGGAUCUUGUCAUUACACGGAACUUUUCCUCUGCUAUGAUGAUACUGGUAGAAACCAGAAAUACCACUUGAUUCAAGACAAGAAGAGCUGGCAGAAAGCUCAGAUUUACUGCAGAGUGAAUCACACAGACCUGAUCAGUGGAAUGAAGCAGCUUCAGGAUGCAAGAGCGGCGAAUGUUUUGAACUCUGUGGGAAAGGAAACGCACGUAUAUUUCGGUUUGUUCAGAGACGCCUGGAGGUGGUCCGAUGGAAGCAGCCUCUCCUUCAGACACUGGCACAAAGGCUUCAGCAAUCAAAAACCCAACAGCGGACAAUGUGCCGUGUUUAAGUUUAAUGAUAAAGGCAGAUGGAGGAACGAGAGCUGUACGGCCAAGAAACACUUUGUCUGUUACGACGGUGAGGCAUUUCAAUAACACUGAUGAGAUUAAAGGUCGUGACCUUUUGAUGUCCAUAUUAUCAUUUUGGGUUUACUGUGAAGACUUGUU